AAGUGAUAAUUUGUUUUUGAAAAUAGAAAACAACAAAAUCUUUCGUAUUCGAAUUAAUUGAAAUUUCAUAAAGAAAUUUCUCAGAAAAGCCCAGGUGAACGGAAACGGAUAUAUUUGAUUUUCUUCAUAAAUUAUUAUGCCUACGGGUCGUGCCGCUUUAUUAUUGCGUAGAUUGUCGUCGGGAGAUAGCAGAUUGAAAAACUUAAACGUAAAUCAAAAUUCACCAAAAGAGGUAUAUUAUAUUUCAAAUCCAAACUGCAUUCACACUUACAGAGAUUUUACCUGGAGGAUUAGAGUGUCACCCUUUUCAACUUAUUUGCACAAACCUCCACUGUCUCCCCAAUUUCCAAGAGGAUUGAGUGACAAUAUCAUUAAAAUGUUCCACUCUAGUAGUAUUGAUAAAAAUAGUAGUUGUAGUGGUGAUACUUGUACACCUAAAGAAACAACAUUUACUAAUCGAUUGGCAAAAGAGAAAUCACCAUAUCUACUCCAGCAUGCUCAUAAUCCUGUAGACUGGUAUCCUUGGUGUCAAGAAGCCUUUGAUAGAGCAAAGAAAGAGAACAAACUUAUCUUUCUCUCCAUUGGUUAUUCAACGUGUCAUUGGUGUCAUGUUAUGGAGAGAGAAUCAUUUGAAAAUAUAAUAAUUGCAAGGAUUAUGAAUGAAAAAUUCAUAAAUAUUAAAGUGGAUCGUGAAGAACGACCAGAUGUAGACAGACUUUAUAUGCUUUUUUUAAUGGCUAGAACUGGUUCUGGUGGCUGGCCAAUGACUAUUUUCCUUACUCCAGACUUAAUACCUAUCAAUGGUGGUACUUACUUCCCACCAGAAGACUUAUGGGGCCACCCUGGGCUUAAAACUAUACUACAAGCAAUGGCUCGUAAAUGGAAAGAGGAAUCGUCAGCAUUGAUUGGAAUAGGAGAUAAAGUUAUGGAGCAUUUAAAAAAAGCAAUAAAACUUGAUGUUGUAUCAUCUACAUCAAUACCCGGUGAAUCGAUAUGGAAAAAGUGUGUACAAAAAUAUAUUUUGAGAUUUGAACCAGAGUUUGGUGGAUUUAGUGGACCACCAAAAUUUCCACAUGUAUCAGCAUUCAAUUUCCUUUUCCAUUAUUAUGCUAGAGAUAAAUAUGAUGCUACAGGUAAAAAAUGCCUUCAAAUGUGUCUUCAUUCACUAACAAAAAUGGCGGAUGGUGGGAUUCAUGACCAUGUAGGUGGAGGUUUUGCUAGAUACUCCACAGACAAUGUCUGGCAUAUACCACAUUUUGAAAAAAUGCUUUAUGAUCAAUCACAGCUUGUUAUUGUAUACACUGAUGCAUACUUGGCUACUAAAGAUCAAUACUUUGCUGAUGUUGUACAUGAUAUACUCAAUUAUGUGAACAGAGAUUUAAGGCAUAACUGCGGAGGAUAUUUUAGUGCUGAAGAUGCAGACUCCUAUCCAUAUAUAGGUGCUGCACAUAAACUAGAAGGAGCUUUUUAUGUGUGGGAAUAUGAUGAACUUAAAGAUUUGCUAGGCAAGAAAAUGAUAAGAUAUAAAUCAUACUUAGACAUCUUUUGUGACUAUUUUAAUGUUGAAGUAUCUGGAAACACUUCCACUGAAACUGACGUUGAAGUAGCUCUACACUAUAAAAACGUUCUUAUAAUAUAUGGCACUAAGGAAGACAUAAUGGAAAAAUAUGACCUAACUUAUGAAGAGUUUACAAAUGUUAUAUCAGAAUGCUUAGAGCUUUUGUAUGAGAAGAGACAGGAAAGGCCCCGUCCCCAUUUAGAUACAAAGAUGGUAUGUUCAUGGAAUGGAUUAAUGAUUGCUGGACUGGCACGGGCUGGCCAGGGCUUAGAAAAUAAGAGUUAUGUUGAAGAUGCAAUAAAAACAGCAAAUUUUGUUAAAGAACACCUGUAUGAUCCCAACACGUUAAUGUUGUUUCGCUCUUGUUAUAAAGAAGAGGAUGGCCAUGUAACACGGGGAGAUCAUCCAAUAAACGGAUUUCUUGAAGACUAUGCGUUUUUAAUCAAAGGCUUGCUAGACUUAUAUGAAGCGUCACUCGAUAUGCAGUGGUUGAAUUGGGCACAGGAGCUACAAAAGAAACAGGAUGAAUUAUUUUGGGAUGAUGUCAAUGGAGGAUAUUUUACGACAUCGGGCAUAGACAAAACAAUGAUCUUACGAUUGAAACAAGAUCAAGACUCAGCGGAACCCUCUGGUAACAGCGUGUCGGGUCACAACUUACUUCGACUCGCCGCCUACAGAGACCGAAGUCUGGCGCCCGAAGGUGGGGCAAAUGAAAGAGAAAAGGCGAAGAAACUACUUCUAGCAUUCGCUGAGGAGCUCAGCGAAACGCCGCAUCUACUUCCUGAGAUGAUGUCAGCACUUAUGAUGUACCAUGACUCUCCAACUCAGGUAUUAAUAUCGGGCAAGGGUUCGGACCCCAGAACCCUAGAGCUGAUACGUGUGGUUCGGUCUCGGCUGCUGCCUGGGCGGGUUCUAGCCCUCGCGGACCCCACUAAUGCAUCUGACUCGCCACUCAUCGUGAGCCGCGUUCGAUCGUGCGGCGACGUUCCGAGCGCGUCCGUCUGUCGUAGGUUUACGUGCUCGCUGCCUGUCACAGACGCCAGACAACUAGAGAAUUUGCUCGAUGAUCUACCUCCUGGUCAAACUGACAAGUAAACUCACUUACAAAAAUGACAAUCAUAAGAAUAUGUUUCACUUAAUGAUGAUCUCAUCCACAGUCCAAUUCACAGUAGAGUUAGCCUUCCCUGUA